GCUGGGUGGGCCUGCCGGGGGGAGCGGUGUGGUGGUGAGGUGGGGGCGAGGCCUGCUCAGGGAUGGGCGGGCUUGCCUCGGGGUGGGGACCAAAUGACUCACAUUCGGGUCAUUCAUGCUUCAUCUUUUGUCUUUAAAAGAAAUCGUGGAUAUGUUUUUUCUUUUCUCCAAAAGCUUGGUCUGUUCUUGAGAAUUUUCAACUUCUGCAGACUUCAUCAGAGGCUAAUAAAAAGAGGCGGACACUUAAUGAUUUCAACAUUGGGAAGCCUCUUGGAUGAGGAAAGUUCGGUCAUGUAUGGUGAACUCAAAACGGCAGACUUUGGGUGGUCAGUGCAUACCUUUAAUCGAAGGCGGACUAUGUGUGAAUGUUAUACAUUGCUUUUUACCUUCACAUGGGCGUUGGAAAGUGUGGAGCAUGAUGCAAGUGUGGACAUUUAGAGCCUUGGUGUCCUAUGCUUUGAGUUUCUGUACGGGAUGCCCCCAUUUGACAGCAAAGGAACACUCGGACACAUAUAGGAGAUGCUUGUAAAGGACUCUUCCCAGCAUCUUCCCCUGAAAAAGGUACUUAAGUUCUUAGACAUGCAAUUCUGCUAAAAUAUAUCUUUAGGUGGCAAAUAUUGUUUUUAUUAGACUAGGCAACAGAAAUGAGUUGUAAUGUCAUUGUCUUCAUGAGCUUCUUUAGCAAUUAAAACAACUUUCAUUAUAGCUUGUUUUGAUUUUUCCAGUUACUAGUAGUAUGGUACUUCCUCCGUUUAAAAUUUGUUUGAUGUAUUUUGAGUUGA